AUGGAAACCGAAAAGAAGACAUAAGAGCCUUAGAUAUCGAAAGAUGCACUAUAAAGCAAGCCAGUUCAACAGUUAAAUUUCUAAGAUAAAAUUAGAAAAAGGCUAAGUGAAAGCAAAGUUGCUUUUUAUUUUGGUAGUUCCUUGGCAGGGUUCCCUAUCGAGCAUCCCCUAGAUUCAAUCAAAACUUAAUGGCAAGCUAAACCUCAUCUUAGAAAUGAAGCAGCUAUCAUUAGAGAUAUUUACCAAAGCAAGGGUUUUCAAGGGUUUUAUGCAGGAGCUUUACCAAAUAUGACUAGAUGCCUGCUUAAAAAUUCAUAUCGUUAUCCUUUAAUGGUUGGACUGCCAAAUCUCUACAAGAACUAUUUGCCUGAAUCAAUUAGAGAGCAUAAAUCCCUUUUGAAACUCCUCACAGGUUGCUCUAUUGCACUUGUGGAGUCAACUAUACUUUGCCCAAUUGAAAGGUUAAAAGUCUACUUUAUGACUACAACUGAGAAGAUAACUUAUAGAUAAUUCUUUAAAAACUACUAAAAUCAUUUACUGAAGGAACUAUUUAGAGGAUUUGGUCCGCUUCUCGCAAGAUAAUCCAUGGCUUGGACAAUAUUUUUACAAACUGAUCUGUUCGUCAAGCAACAGAUAAGAAGAAUCAUGAAGUACGAUGAUAAGUAAGAAAUCCCUAAUAUGUUCCUAUUGCCAACCUCAAUGAUAGUAGCAUUGAUAAAUACUACUCUAGUGAUGCCAUUUGAUUGUGUUAAAACUCACAUGGAAAAAAGAGAUCCAUCUUCAACAUAUUUUGGAUCUUUCAAAGUUAUUUACUAGUCUGGAGGCAUGCUAAGUUUCUUCACUGGAUUUAGACUUAGAUUCAUGCUAUACUUUAUGAAUGCUUUCUUUAUAGUAACACUACUAGAGAAGUUCGAAAGUAUCUCCACUUUUCUUCAUUCGAAAAAGGAAUGA